AUGACUCUCACUGUAGCCUUACUAAUAUGUUCUGCAUCCCCGUCCUGUCCAGCUUUAUGUGCCUGCACAUAUGGGAACAGUGGAAUAGCAGAGUUCAGGUUGGUGCAGUGCAGUGAUUCCGGAAUCGCAGCUGUUCCCAUUAAUGUCCCAGCUGACACAGUCAAACUGCGUCUAGAGAAGACCUUGAUCUCCAGGGUGCCCCGGGCAGCCUUCUACAAUCUGUCAGAACUGCGGUUCUUGUGGCUGACCUUCAACUCCAUCACAUCCAUCCAUCCCAGCAGCUUUGUCAACCUUAAGGCCCUGCGAGAGUUGCGUCUGGAUGGAAACCUCCUGACAUCCUUCCCCUGGGAGGGGCUCAGAGACAUGCCCCGCCUCCGGACUCUGGGUCUACACAAUAAUCGUCUGUCCAGCCUUCCUGCCCACGCUUCUCUCUUUCUCCCCAACAUCACUUUCCUUGACCUGUCCAGCAACAGGUUGACAAUAUUACCUGCAGAGCUGCUGGACCUUUGGAUUUUCAGUCAGGAUUUAGAAAGUAAAACUGUUCUUGACCUAGGCCUCCAUGACAACCCCUGGUUGUGUGACUGCCAGAUCUCCAUGGUGACGUCCUUGUCCAUGUUGCUGGGGAGUCCUGUAGUUCUCAUGGACCAGCAGCUGAUAUGCAGCAGGUCUCUGGGUCAGUCAGGAAUGCUGCUGACCCAGGCUGAGCUGUCCCGCUGUAUGAGGCCUUCAGUCCAGCCUGCAGCCACCAGAGUCAUCUCUCCACUGGGCAGCAAUGUAAUCCUCCGCUGUGAUGCAACCGGCUAUCCAACACCAACCCUGACCUGGAUCAAAACCUCAGCUAAAAAACUGUAUAAUCAAAUUAUGCAGGAAUCUCCUCGAGUGGGGGUCCGCUGGUCGAUAAUCAGCAUGAAUGGGUUAUCAUACAAGGAUGCUGGUGAAUAUCGUUGCCAGGCUCGGAACAUGGCAGGAAUAUCUGAAGCUCCAAUUAAACUGAAGGUGGUGGGAGUCACAAGAAUAUCCCGUCUUCCAAAGAAGUCCCAAAAGACUCCACCCAAAUCAUCAUCAAAAUACAGAAAGCCUAACCAGAGUACAGUUACCACCGCCCCCUCAGUGAAGGAGAAUCAAAUACCCCAAAACAUCACCCCCCCUUCCAUUAACAAGACCCAACCUGCUCCUAACCUUGUGUCCAAAGUGGACCCUGUAGACAAAAGGCGCAAAAUGAACUUACGAUAUGCAAAGAAAAAGACCCCAACAUCCCUCAAGUCUACACCUCAGUCCCCUGAAAACUAAAACCCUAAAACUGCUCUGUCAUCAGAAACACUUCUGAUAUUCUGAUAUAUAUAAACACUUUGAUUGACUUCAACAAGGGGAUGGGAUUGCAAAUAAAACUAAAUUGUUUGUUUCAGGCUUUUUCA